AUGAUGAGGCUCUCAGAACCAAUACUAGACAUGGAAAUGGCAAACUACAGUGAAGUUUUAGAUCCGACGUAUACAGCUCUGGAGUUCGAAACUAUGCAGAUUCUGUAUAAUGGCAAUGACAGUUCAGGAGAAGCUGUCAACAUGAAUGCUGCUGACAACGGGGUCAGUGGUCUCUGUGCAAUAUGUGGAGACCGAGCGACUGGAAAACAUUACGGUGCUUCCAGUUGUGAUGGAUGCAAGGGAUUCUUUAGACGCAGUAUACGGAAAAAUCACGUCUAUACAUGCAGAUUCAACCGGCAAUGUAUUGUUGACAAGGACAAAAGGAAUCAAUGCAGAUAUUGUCGUUUAAAAAAGUGUUUUCGAGCAGGCAUGAAAAAGGAAGCUGUACAAAAUGAACGGGACAGGAUAAGUACAAGAAGAAACACUUUUGAUGGCUGCAACAUUCCCUCUAUUAGCACAUUGUCACAAGCUGAGACACUCUCCCGUCAGAUCUCAAUCUCCAGUCCUGGUGCUAGCACUGACAUAAAUGUUAAGAAAAUUGCUGGUAUCAGUGAUGUCUGUGAAUCUAUGAAGCAACAACUUUUGGUCCUGGUGGAGUGGGCUAAAUAUAUUCCAGGCUUCUGUGAAUUACCACUGGAUGACCAGGUUGCCCUGCUAAGAGCACAUGCUGGGGAACACCUGUUGCUUGGAGCAGCAAAACGGUCCAUGGCGUAUAAGGACAUUUUACUUUUAGGCAACAAUUACAUAAUCCAUCGCAACAGUACUGAAGUAGAGAUCAGCCGAGUGGCAAAUCGGAUUCUAGAUGAAUUAGUUCGACCCUUCCAGGAAAUUCAAAUAGACGACAAUGAGUAUGCUUGCUUGAAAGCGAUUGUGUUUUUUGAUCCAGAUGCAAAAGGCCUGAGUAAUCCAAUGAAGAUUAAGAAUAUGCGAUUCCAAGUCCAAAUCAGUUUAGAGGAUUAUAUUAAUGACCGUCAGUAUGACUCCCGAGGAAGAUUUGGAGAACUUCUGCUUCUACUGCCUACACUCCAGAGCAUCACUUGGCAAAUGAUUGAGCAAAUACAAUUGGUUAAACUAUUUGGAAUUGUUAAAAUUGACAGUUUGCUUCAGGAAAUGUUACUGGGAGGUACUUCUAAUGAUGCCAGUCAUCUGCAUCAUCCAGUACAUCCUCACUUAGCCCAAGAUCCAUUAACUGGCCAAACUAUCCUCAUAAGUUCAAUGUCUGCUCCUAUACAUACAGAACAGAUUUCAACUCCAGAAACUCCAUUACCUUCCCCUCCUCAAGGCUCUGGGCAAGAAUACAAAAUGUCUACAAAUCAGGCUUCAGUCAUUGCACAGCAAUCUAUUUUGAAACAGAAACCAUUGUGA